AUGUUUAUAGGACCUAAAUUAUAGGCAUACCUUGAUUUGGUAUAUCCUAAUGGUGCUUAAUUUUAUAGUACUGGUUAUCUCAAGUUUUUCAUGUGGAGAACUGUUACAGAAAGGAUUUAUCUUGAGACUUCAUUAGUUUCUUAGAUGGUAUUUGAAUUACUUUAACUGGGUUUUCCUUUUUUCCAGAAUGGUGAACACUCACAGAAGAUCAUUAGAACUGUAGAAUUUGCAUUUGAUUUGACAGCUCCUAAGAGUGCUCAACAUGGAUAAACAGCAGAUUGUCUUGGGUAGCCGAGAUAGUGGGACUGUGUCUGGUGCAGCACCUGCUUUUUUUGUCAUCCUGAAACAACAGCAGGGAAAUGGUAAAGCUGACCAAGGAAUCCUAGUAGCCAAUCGUGAUGCUUGUGCUCUCGCCAGCAGUGUAUCAACUCCAGUAAAUCCCAAAGUCAAGACCUGCCUCCCAGCUGACUGUGUCUCAGGGGGCAUCACCGUCACCCUAGAUAACAAUAGUAUGUGGAAUGAAUUCUACCAUCGCAACACAGAGAUGAUUCUGACUAAGCAGGGGAGGCGUAUGUUCCCAUACUGCCGAUACUGGAUUACAGGUCUGGAUGCCUUUCAGAGGUACAUCCUAGUCAUGGACAUAUCCCCUGUGGACAAUCACCGAUACAAGUGGAACGGCCGUUGGUGGGAGCCCAGUGGGAAGGCAGAGCCGCAUGUUCUUGGGCGAGUAUUUAUUCACCCAGAAUCCCCUUGCACUGGCCAGUACUGGAUGCACAAGCCAGUAUCCUUCUACAAGCUCAAACUUACCAACAAUACCCUGGACCAGGAGGGUCAUAUAAUCUUGCACUCUAUGCACCGUUAUCUGCCACGACUUCACUUGGUGCCUGCAGAUAAAGCCACAGAAGUCAUUCAGCUCAACGGCCCUGAUGUCCAUACAUUUACCUUCCCACAGACAGAGUUCUUCGCAGUUACAGCCUACCAGAACAUCCAGAUUACCCAGCUGAAAAUAGAUUACAAUCCUUUUGCUAAAGGAUUCAGAGAUGAUGGGUUGAAUAGUCGACCUCAGCGUGAUGUGAAACAGAACAGUAAGUUAGAAUUGGAAGGAGGUGAUACUUUUAGUGCUGCUAGUGUUCGUGGUUGUCGUGCUGAAGUUGAUGCAUUAGAUUUGCAUCAGAGAAAUUUAGAUUCUUCAUUCAUUGGUCAAAACCCAUCAGAUGCUGGUGAGGAAAAAGAGUCCUUUAAUGCAGAAAGGGACUUUCUGCGUUUCCUGGACACUGACCUGUCUUCGGAUGAUGCACCAAAGAUAAAACAAGAAGUCUCUGAAAGUCCCAUUGCUAGCAGUUAUGAAAGCAGUUCCCGUGUGGCAUCCCCACUGGACCCAAACGGACACUUUAAUGUAGUCAUUAAAGAGGAACCAGUGGAUGACUAUGACUAUAAGUCAGGUAUUUGCACACAAGGUGUAACUGUGAAACAGGAAGACACAGAUGAAGAAACUGAUGAGUAUUCCAACACUGAUGAUGAUGAUCCUGUCCUGCAGAAACACCUGUUGAGACGCAGUGAAACAGAUGGAAAUGAUGGAGAAUUCAAGUCUAGGAAGCGUGUGCUAACCAGUCCCUCAGGUGUUGCCAAAGCAAAAAUGUUAAAACUGGAUAGUGGGAAGAUGCCUGUGGUCUAUUUGGAACCUUGUGCUGUCACGAAGAGCACAGUGAAGAUAUCUGAGCUGCCGCAGACCAUGCUCUCCUCUUCCAAGAAGGAGAAAUCCCCUUUGAGUGCAAUGCAGGAUUUGAGUGCAAUGCCUGUGUGUUUUGAGAAUCACAAAGACUCUUGCUCUGGCACAGACACUGUAAAUGAGGAUUUAGUUACAAAAAAACAAUGUCCUGGGAGUAAAACAUCACAGAAAUACUCUUCAGUCAAAGAGGCCCGGUGGGCUCUAUCUAAGUCACCUAAUUUUAAUCUCAGGGGCUCAGUAAGUUGUCACUUUUCAGCUAAAGAGAACUGUGGACGAAAAAGGCCUGGCAUGCUGAAGAAUCCCAUGUCCCUGAAAGGUUCUGGUAGCAAUCAAAACACCCUAUCAUCAGUUACAACUAAAAGAGGAAGACCACGGAAACUGAAAAUUUCCAAGGCUGGUAGACCACCUAAAGGUAUAGGGAAAGCUGUAAUAACAAACAAGAACACCUCUCUGGGGACUGGGAAUAUCAUUCCAGAUGUUAAGCCGGACCUUGAAGAUGUUGAUGGAGUCCUCUUUGUGUCCUUUGCAUCAAAGGAAGCUCUUGACAUUCACACUGUUGAUAGAGCUGGAGAAGAGUCACAGAAUCUUCAGGCUCCCUUGCUAACUACAAAUGGUCCAGAUUGUCAAGCAAGAAUACAAGUACUGGAAAAGGAAUUGAUGGAAGAGCUGAAGACCUUGAGGCAUAAGCAAGUAAUACAUCCUAGUCUUCAGGAAGUGGGGCUGAAGUUGAAUUCUGUGGACCCAACAAUGAGCAUUGACUUGAAAUACUUGGGUGUGCAGCUUCCUCUUUCCUACUCAAAUUACUCUUUGUGGGGCUAUUCAGCAACCAAUCCCAAUUCUCCAGAUACAGGAUUUCCUUUUGUUUCCAGGACAGGAAAAACAAAUGAUUUCACAAAAAUAAAAGGCUGGCGAGGGAAGCUUCAUGGUGCUUCUAGAAAUGAAGGUGGCAGUUCAGAAGGUUCCCUGAAGAAUCGCUCAGCGUUCUGUAGUGACAAGCUGGACGAGUACCUGGAAAACGAAGGGAAGUUGAUGGAAACGAGUAUGGGAUUCUCUUCUAGCACUCCCGCUUCUCCCGUUGUGUAUCAGCUUCCCACUAAGAGCACUAGCUAUGUGCGAACACUUGACAGUGUCUUAAAGAAGCAGUCCACAAUAGUUCCAUCUACAUCUUACAUGUUCAAGCCUGUUCCUCUGUCAUCUACCUCUAGGAAGACAAAGACUCAAAACAAACAGACAUCUACAAACAGUAGAGUGAAAUCAUCUUACAAGCCUAUACUGCCUUCACCUUUUUCUGCAAAGCAGAGACAGAACUCGUCAACAUCAGGGGAAAAGGCUGCUAAGUCUGUCUCAAAUAGCAGCCUGACUAACCAAGCAGAUAGUUUUGUGACACCAGCUCUGGAUCAAAAUGUACUUCCAAAACAGAUUAGUUUGCACCAAGCACCACCACAGCAACAAGCAGCUCGUCCACCAGGUUUGUCUAAAUCUCAAGUGAAGUUAAUGGACUUGGAAGACUGUGCUCUCUGGGAUGGCAAACCACGGACCUACAUUACAGAAGAACGAGCAGACAUCUCUCUGGCAACCCUGCUUACAGCUCAGGCUUCUCUCAAAAACAAACCCAUCUACAAAAUAAUAAGGCGACGAGCACCUCCUUGCAAUAACGAUUUCUGUCGACUGGGUUGCAUAUGUGCCAGUUUACUGCUGGAGAAACGUCAGCCUACCCACUGCCGCAGGCCAGACUGUAUGUUUGGAUGUACUUGCUUGAAGAGAAAGGUGUUGCUGGUGAAGGGAGGACCAAAACAUAAAAAAAUAAUGAAAAAGGCUGCACGUGGAAAUCCCGUGUUCUGUGGAACGCCAGAGGAUCAGCCAGAGGAUGAAGAUGUGGAAGAAGAGGGUGAUGGGGGGGAAGAUGAGCUGAAGCAGAAAGACAAGAAGAAGAGAAAAAGGGUGGAAUACACCAUCUGUGACUCGGAGCCAGAACAACCUAUUAGGAAUUGUCCAUUGUGGGUGAAAGUAGAAGGUGAAAUAGAUCCAGAGCCAAUUUAUAUCCCAACGCCGUCUGUUAUUGAACCGGUUAAAUCAGUGGUACAGCCUAACCCUGAAGUCUUGCCUCCUAGUAAGCACAGAUCUUCCAGUGGAACAAAACCAGGCAGAGUGUAUACUCCUAAACCAAAUCCAGUGGUUCGAGAGGAGGACAAAGAUCCUGUCUACUUGUACUUUGAAAGCAUGAUGACUUGUGCACGGGUCCGAGCGUAUGAGUACAGGAGAGAGAAGAAAAGGCAAAAAAAAGACAAAAGUGAUUCACAGAGCUCUAACAUAAAGGAGCAUGAACCAGAGCUUCAGUCCCCUGAGAAAGCAACCUGUGAGACAGACAAAGAUCCUGAUAAGUCAGGAGAGAAAAGCUGGUGUUCGUCCCAUAGUGAGGGGGAUUCAUCCUCCACCUCCUAUGUUCAUCACACCACUCCAGGUGAACCAACCAAACUUAUCGAGAUUAUCCCUGACUGCAACUGGGAAGAUGAUCACAAUAAGGUCUUGACCAUCUUAUCACAGCAUAUCAACAGUAACGUGCCACAGUACCUCAAAGUGGGUAGCUUCGUUAUUGAAUUGGCUUCGGAACACAAGGCCCAGGAUGAGGACCACCCUCCUGUCUACUCCUCCAGAGUGAAAAUUUCAGUGCCGUCCUCUCAGGACAAGGACGAGAAGCCUGACAUACCUGUAUUGGAGACUCUUGAUAGUGAAGAACCAUCACUCACAACCCCAGAAAAUCUAAAGUUCUUACGGGCAGGCAGAUUGGACCAACUGCGGGAGAAGUUGCAUGGGGGCAAAGGCUUGCCUUUUUAUGCAGGGGUUUCUCCUGCAGGAAAGCUGGUCGUCUACAAACCUAAAGCUAAUAUGAGCCCCUCAGGCUUGAUUCAGGUUAAUGAUAAAAGGUAUCCUCAGGCCAAACUGCUUUUGGGACAGAUGGGGGCAUUACAUCCCGCCAAUCGGCUAGCAGCUUAUAUCACAGGCAGGCUGCGACCCACAGUACUUCAUAUCUCAACCCUCAGUACUGUGAUCUCCAAGGUAGCAUCCAAUGCUAAAGCAGCUGCUUCUGGGACACCAUCAGUCGAGGUGCCCACAACAUCAACUCCCAAAACUACAUCUUCCACCAGCACUACUUCAACCCCCACUGUGGCGACUCUGAAAACCCAUGUCCCAGCACAGAGACAGAUAGCUCCCCGACCCUCACCUGGUGGUGUGUUCACGCAGUUUGUGAUGAACAAAGCUGGAGCUCUGCAGCAGAAGAUUCCUGGAGUGAGCACACGCCAGCCUCUGUCAGUGCCACAGAAUUUCAGUGUCAAGCCUAGCCCUGUAAUGAUUGUUGCUCCCGUGGUUCCCUCAAGGCCAUCUCCAGCUCAAUGUACAGUCUCUCCUGGGAUCACUACAGCCACCACCACUUCUCCAGUUACUGUAGAAAGUACUGCAGUGGCAACAUCUACUGUGACCACUUCCAACCAAACAAGAGCUAGUGAACCUGCCUGCUCUCCUCCAGCAGUCACAGUCACAGCUGCUCUGGCAACACCUGGAAUCAGUACCUGUACUACUCCCUCAUCCACCACUCCUCCUGCCACUGUGAACACAACAAAAGCAAUGGAGACUGUUGCACCAGUAGCAACCACAUCAUUACCUAAAACUGUAGUAACACCACCAACUGUUACUUGUCCUGUUGUCACAACAUCCACUUCUACAGUUGUACUAACAACAACAGCUACAUCUGUGGUGACCUCACCAACUUCCUCUGCUGGCUCUGUUCCACUUAUACUGUCAGCAGUUAAUUCAAGUCCAUCACUGACUCCAAAAAAAGAAGAUACUACUCCACAAGCUAUGAGUAAGAGUCCCCAGAAGAUGUCUCCUGGAACAGACAAACGUAUAGGACCUCGACUGCUGCUGAUUCCAGUGCAUCAGACAUCUCCUGCUUUGCGACCGCUGAACAACGCGCCACUUGCUCAGAGGCAGAGGAUGGUCCUUCAGCCUCUCAGGAGCCCUGGUGCUGUGAACCUGUUCCGACAUCCGAAUGGGCAGAUCAUCCAGCUGGUCCCCCUGCAGCAGUUUCGAACGGGAGGUGCCCAGCCCAGUGUGCAGCCAGUGAUGUUCCGUAAUCCAGGGUCUGUUGUAGGAAUUCGGUUGCCUGCACCUUCUAAGCCUCCUGAGUCACCUGUGUCUCCUACUUCCUCUGUGUCUUCCACUUCUGCCACCAAUUCAGCUGGGCAAACUGCAGUACCCAAGUUAUCCCCUACAUCUAACCUAACCACUCAAGCAUCUUCUCUUCUUCCUUCAGUAACAAGUUUUGUGUCACAGGCAGGCACUCUGACUCUCAGGAUCUCUCCUCCUGCUGCUAGCACUGUGACAAAUCAAACAGCUGCUGAGUCUAAAGUAACCUGCAGCUCAGGUGGUCUGCCAGGUACCACUGCUAAUCUCAUACCUUUACAAUCUGGUAGUUUUGCUUUACUUCAGCUCCCAGGACAGAAGACUGUGCCGAACUCCAUUCUUCACCAUUUUGCAUCCCUUCAGAUGAAGAAGAAUUACAGGAAAAUAUGCAAGAAAGAGGACUCUGGUGCUGCUCAGCAGAAGGAGAGUGGGAAAUCUUCACACUCAGAUAACACUGAAGUUACAGAGUCUGAGGUCACGGUGUCAGAUAGCAAACAAGAAGAGAAUGAAUUGCCAAUUAACCAGUCAAAUAAUGUCGAAGAGUCAGCAUCUGGCACAGUUGCACCUGAUAGAAAUUCUGCUAUAUUAGAGGUGGUGGAGAAGGACUCCAAGGUGCUAGAGAGUUCUUGUGAUGAUAAUUCUUCUCUACAUGAUGUUUCCACAGAUGUCAUAUCAUCUGACCAUUCGUAUAUCAGUGAGAAGCCAAAUGAUGAGGAAGGAAAAGGGGCCCCUGAGGAGAAAGAGGAUACUUGCCAUUCUGAAACUGCAGUGGAGACUGUUUCAACUAAGUCUGAAACUGUUUGUGAGUCAUCAGAUCAGUCUCUAGUUGCUCCUGUGGAUCAUGCACAUCUACAGAGUCUCAAGAAUCAAGAGACUACGCAGCUGAAGACUCAUGGAGAGGAGCAAAUACAUGCUGAGCAGGAAGAGAGACCUGUAAAAGAGGAGGAGGAAGAUGUACAGACACAGAUAAAGGAGGAAGAGGAGGAGGAAGAUGUACAGAGACAGAUAAAGGAGGAGGAUAUGGGAAGUUUUUGGCAGCCACAGAGUGAACAAGAGCAAGAUACACAGCUGGAGAACAAGGAACAGGGAGGGACUGAACUGUCUCAGUACAAACAAGAAUAUCAGGGUGAUGCCAUGCAGCCAGAUGAGGAAAGGAAGGAGCACAAGGACUCUACAGAAGUAGAAAAUAUGAGAGAAAAAAAAGGAAGUGAGUCUGAAAUCAGUCCUGCAGAAGAGCGGGAUAAUGCUUCAGGAGAAGACCAUACAGUCAAUAGUCAGGAAGGCAAAGCAAACACAGCUAGACAGGAAGGCAGUAACAACAAAGAACAAGAUGCUUUUGAUUCUCAGGAAGAAAUGAAAACAGGUCAUGAUCUCGUAACACAUAUCAACAGUUCUUGGAGCAAAAUAUCUAGCAUUGUGCCUGCUUUAGAAAAUCAAAAUUAUGAGGAUAACAAAGCUGAUACAUUUGAGAAAAGUGACCUCCUGACACCAGAACAGAGGGCACAGGAAGCCGGGCAUCACAAAAAGGGUAACAUGCCCACUAUUGAUGUAAAUACUGAUGAUGUGGAAGAGGAAGAAGAGGAGGAUGAUGAUGAGGAAGAGGAUGAAGAGGAUGAAAAAACUGAUGAUUCUGCUGAUGAGUUGCUGGAUGGUGCUUCUGACUUCCUAAGUGAAGAGGAAAUAGAUGUUGAAAAAGUGGAUGUGUGUGAAUACAGUGAGGAUGACGAGCAGGUGGACGUUGAGACCGUGGAGGAGCUUUCAGAGAAGAUUAACAUUGCCCGUCUGAAGGCCACAGCUGCUAAUAUCCAACCUUCCAAACAGAAAUACCAUGCUCCUAAUUCUUCGGAUGAAAAAUAUUCAGAAAAAUCUCCAAAGAAUAAACGUCGAUUCAGGGGCAGAAAGCUGAGGACUGAAGCAGAAGCCUUUGCUCAUUACCGCCAGACACACACAGCAAAUGAACGCCGGCGACGUAGUCAAAUGAGAGGGCUCUUUGAAAAGUUGAAGAGAGCUCUGGGCUUACACAACCUUCCUAAGGUCUCCAAAAGCUACAUUCUGAAGCAAGCUUAUGAAGAAAUUCAAGGACUGACUGAUCAGGCAGAUAAACUUAUUGGACAUAAGAACUUACUGACGCGCAAACAAGAUGUUUUGAUUCGGAAAGUAUCCACACUUUCAGGCAAAACAGAAGAGGUUGUCCUUAAGAAGUUAGAAUAUAUUUAUGCCAAACAAAAAGCAGUAGAAGAACAAAAAAAGAAGAAAGAAGCUGAGCCUGAGGAAUCUGCUGUAACCUCAACUGCUAGCAAAAAGCAAGAAGAGGCUUCUGCUCCCUCUGGAGAGCCAGUCCAAGUGGCCAUGACCAACAGAAGAGGCAAGCCGUUGAUACUUGCCAGAAAAGGCGUCCGUGCCACAGAGGACACCUCAUCCUCUCUUGCAUUAACUGCUGCGAGCCUCGUGAUGACUCCACAGGGGCAGGUGCUUACACUGAAGAGCCCACUGGUACCGGGGCAGGUCGCAGCUGUUCCUUCCACACUUUUGCAACCUGAAUUAAAGCCUCAAGCUGUCAGUCCUGCCGUGACAGCACAGCCAGGUAUCGCGUCUGUGAUGAUUCGACUGCCAGGAUCAACAGUUCCUGUCCAAGUAAAAGGAAUCCUUACUAACUCUACCAUUCCCAUUACACUGUCAAUUGUUCCUGGAAACCCAGUGCCCUCAACAGUAGUAUCCACUACAGAGCCCUCUUCAGAAAGCGAAGAUUCAUUUAUGAUGCCAAAGAUUGUUAAUGUAACAUCAUUGGCUGCUGAGGGAAGCACAAGUGUAAACCUGAACAAAAACAAAAAUUCUAAUACAGCAACAACAGCGGCAGGUGCUCAGGCUUCUGAGAAGUCUUUGGUUGUAGCACCCCUUGAAAGCAGGAAGAGUGAUAGCAUCCUUUCAGAAGAAAAAGCCAAACCAUGUCCUGGAGACAGUGGGGAAGAUGGAAGGAAUACCACAGGUCCAACAAAAGUUUUCUUUGAAAACAAAGAUGGCGUUCCACAGCUCCGGAAUGUAUCAAGUACAAAGGAGCCUCCAGAGUCCUUUAGCAAAAAGCUCUGCAUUGGUGAGUUUGUAGGAAGCCAAGCCAGGAGGAAAGAUGGUGAUACAGGAGGGGAAAGAUUAAAACCUAAAGAAUUGCCAUUCCACAAGCUACAGAUCAAAGAUUCCAGGCUAGAAAUGGAAUUGAGGAAAGUGGCAUCUGCAAUGGAGGAGGCAGAACUGGAUGCAAGUGAGUUACUGAGCAGCAUCGAGGAGAGUGAUGACACUGAUGAAACCCUCACUUCACUGCUGAACGAGAUUGCCUUCCUCAACCAGCAGCUGAAUGAUGAUGCUUCAGCUAUGUCAGAGCUGCCCAGCACUCUCAACUCCAGUUUUUCUCACGAAGAUGCAGAAUCUCGUCGGGGAACAGCCAGUGAUCUCACCACUGCGGAUGGAUCUUCCUUCCAGUUUGGCCAUUUUGGAGGCAGUUUUAAGGACCUUCCUGAAGUUCCUGAGGGUGGUGGCUCUAUAAGCCCUCUCCUGCUGCACCUGGAAGACGAUGACCUUACUGAAGGGGAAAAGAACUCUGGAGAACCUUCAUCUGAAGCAGAUGUUUUAAAGAUAGUAAUAGGUACUGAAAUGAAAGAUCCACUUCACAAUCUGUCCAUAAUCAGCGGUGGGAAUGGCAAAACUGUAACAACCUUGGCUGAGCCCACUAAUGUGACACCACCAGUUUUGCAGAUGAAAACUAACCCAGAGGCUAGUAAUGCUGACACUUUGUGGAGGCCCAUGCCCAAGCUGGCACCACUUGGCUUAAAAGUGGCAAGUCUGCCAGUGGACUCAGAAGGGCAGAGCAAUAAAGUGAUGCCCUUACUGGCACCUGUAGUUGCAAAACUGGCACCCAGUGGGGGAAAAACUUCAUUACCUCCAACUGUUCAAGAAGGACAGGACCACAAAGUGAUGCCCCCAUUAGCACCUGUGGUUACAAAAUUGAGUACUACUGGGACCUUGCCUUCAAAUUCAGCAGGCAAAUAAAUGCAUAUAUUUUUUAUCAGAGACUGGAAGGGAGAUCUGGAGCAGUGUGAACCAGUGUUGCAGUUCAGCAACCUCCCUUGUCUGCAACACUCAUAUUCUGUAAGGCAUCAGCACUCUGCUCCUCUUAGGGCAGGCCCCAAAUUGAGAAAUAAAUACUAUGAAAUGUUAAGCAUGUUGAUCUAUUUUUACCUCACUGUUAAUUAUGGAUGUUCUUCCCCUUCACAAAACAAGAAAAGUGAUCGAUAACCAUUGCCGGGCACAUGGUAUCCUUUUAAAAUUGAGUCCUUCACAGAAAUAGUUUGUCUAAGGACUGAAAAACCUAAGCUAUUGAAAGAGAUACAUUUUAUUUUUUUUUCCUAGUAUGAAGGCAGCUGUCUUGUUGGGGAAAAAAUCUGGAUUACUUGUUUUUGUGCCAGGCAAAUUAACUAUGCAGAAAUGGGAUGUUCAUAUUUGCUGGUUUUAAUGUUUGCAGGAUAUCAUGAAUGUGCAGAAACGAGGAAUGAGCUUGCAGUUUCUCUAAAGAUUGCUACCUAGAGCAGUGGAAGGAAAAUGUGAAUCUGAGCAGAGGCCUGAAGUGAAAAGUUUUUGUUCUCUGGUGCUAGAUAGUUCUCUGGCAGAGACUCCUUUUAGGAGUUUAUGCACAGAAGAUUUUAAUAAACAUCUAUAACUCUAGGUGGGGAAGAAAAUUGUAUUUCCCAGUGUAAUUAGAAGUAGGACAGUAUGUUAACUAUAAUAAAGCUACUAAAAACCUUCUCACAUUUGUCUUCUACCCAUAUCCAAGUACUCCCUCCUUUGAUGCUUAGGGCAUCUGGAUGGAAAAAUUGCAGAGUGUAGAAAGAAAUUUGGGCACCCUAUUGCUACAUCUUUAUAUACAUAGCUGAAGUAGCUUGAGUGUUUUCCCAGUUCUUGUUUUCUUUCCUCCUGUCAUUCUUCAAGAUGUACUUUGUGGCUAGGAAUGUUAAUAGGAAGUGUUGCUUCAUAAAAAUACAGGAUGCUUUCAGGACUGUUUGAGUCUAGCAUAAAUGAGCGAGGUGUAAAUGUGAAUGUUGUAUAUAUGAAAAUAUGUGUAUAUCUUUCCAAACCUUCCAUUUCUUUAUGAAUUCAGGAAAGGUACUCAGAGGUUUCUCACUGCAUUUGCACAAGCUGUGUAUAGCAAAAAAGUCAACAAAAAUGCUCAUUACCAGGGAAAUAGGGCAGUAUUGAAUCACAAGAUGUAUUUUUUAUUCGUCUCAGCUACUGCUUACUCAGUAACCUGUAGAUACUCUUCGGUGUUCAGCUGUUGGAUGUGAAGGGCCUACAGACUGUAAAGAUAUUUAUAUUUUUGUACACAAUUUUUGUUUUCGUAGUUUUCUUGACAAAUGAAAUUUUCAGCCUAGGAGAGAUGAUUUGAUAAUGAGUGUGUACACAAUCUUUUCCUAUCAAGUCUGUAAAUAUGAGUUCUGGUGCGCUUGAGGGGCUUCUUGGCUGCUCCAAAAAGGUAAAAAACUUUGCCAUGAGAAUUACACAGAAUUGGAUCAUGCAUUUUGCUUUAUGUUUAGGAGUGUUUUUACUGUUCCAGCAACAGCAGCUGGGAUUCCCUCCCCCCCCCCAAAAAAAAUUCCCCAUCUUCAGUGAUGCAGUAAUACAGGAAUUCUAUCUUUCCAGCAGUGAGGUUGUGCAGGUGUUGAGAGUGAUGUUGUUCCACAGUUGAGGAGCAGUGUUUGUACAGAGUGCAGCCGUGCGCUGUGUUCACUUAGCUCCACUGCCUGGAUCUGUCUGGGUUAUAUCCACCUGGGGAUACACAUACGUGGGUGUUUCCUCAUCUUUUUUAUGAAUUCAUAUUAUGCUGCAGAGGAGAGAAGCCCUUCAAGCUCAGCGUGUGGAAACUUAACUCCAGAGCCUGCAUAAAAAGGUUCUUCCCCAUGCCAUUCUAAAUGGUGUGUUUUAAAGCAGUUACAUGUAAUGCUAUUUCCUUUUGCAUUCACUAUUUUAAUAUUUGAUACAAGUCCUGUGUUGGCCAUUUGGAAAACAAAAAAAAAAAGGUUAGCAUUGAGAGUCAUGUAGGGUCUUACAGUUGGCACGGAAUGCCUUAGAAAAUUGAAUUUACAAUAUCAACAAGUACUUAGACAUACUUCUUAUUAAAGAAUUUCAACCUUAAUUUAAACCAGUGGAACUGUGAAAUAACCAAAUUAGUUUUAAAUUAGACUUCAAUUUAUUUACUUGGGAAUCUGGUUCUGAGCAUUUCUAAUAGGCUGAAGUUGCUUGUUUUUUUCAUCCAUGGCAUUUUGAUUUGCCAAUAGAUUUCAUCCUCCUGUGUGUGAAACAGCAACCAGAACUGUGCUGUGAUUCCUUUCAGAUUCCUAAUAACUGACCUUUCUUUCUGUACCCUGUCAUUUCAAGGUUCCAAAUGGCUAAUUUUAAUUACAGAAUUAUGUGCUAAUUGUAUCUGAAUACUUUUUUAAAGGAUGUGUUCUUUGCACACUUCUGUGGGACAGGAAGUUGUAACAUGAAGACUACUCAAGUGGUAUCUAAAAUAAAUGCUUUGUCCAUUAGCAAGGUCAUGGAAAAUGCUUGGAUGUAUUUACUCUUUGGCACUGGGCAGUAGGGACUUUUACUGCAAUAAAGAUGUGUAAAGAUGACAGCAAAAAUUUUUGGUUCCUGAACACAAUUAGUACCUAAGAACAUCCCCCAAAUGUGGCUGCAAAAGUGGUAGUUGGUGCAUUUCCAAGAAGAACGUAUGAUGGGUCCUACCAGGCAACAAAGCAUGUUCAAAAUGCUCUUCAUUUCUGCUCUCCUUGUUCCACCAUCUCAUGUCUGCAGCUUAAUAUUAUGAAGUUAACUACUGACUCCCUCUUCAUGCUCUUCGCUCAAGCUCCCGUUGGUUUGGAACAAACCUUUUAAACAUGAUACAUGCUGUCUUACCAGGCAAUAAUGCAAGAAUAUGACACGUAAUGAAAAUAUUUUAGAAUCAGGAGAACAGAGGAAACCCCUGCAAGGCGCACAUUCUCACUGGAGCAAGAGACCUGGAGAUGUUCUUUGUUUUUUACACAUCUGUAAAUAGACUGGAAUGUUUUUAAGAAUAUAAUGAAAUGUCAGAUCUAGCUUUUUUUCCUUUUAUAUAUUAAAGUAUAUCUUUCCCUCUUCUGUUUUUGAAGAAAUGAUAUUUUUGUAGAAAUCUAACAGUACAGGACUCUUAAAUAACUGUAUGUGAGGGACAAAGUGUAAAACUAAAAUAAACCAAUUGAGGUCAACUAGAAA